AUGAAGACACUCCGCUUCAGGAUAGAGUUAAGAAAACUGUGUCUCAUUAAUGGUGACAUCACAGCUAGGUGUGCGGUGAUCCCGGGUGUGCAGGCAGAUGCAGGUUUUACUUACCUGAAGCUGUCCCUUACAGCAGCCACCAUGCCAAUUUACGAGAUCUUCUUUAGCUUCUGGCUCUUCAUUUGCCAGGAACGCAGGCCACUUUUUCGUGAUGGCAUAGAUCUUCUUAAAGAAAGCAAGGAAUUGAAAGGGGAGCUUUCAGCUGACAAUCUCAGCCUAUCAGCAGUGCCCAGUCCGAGGCUUCCUCGAGAAGCUUCUGAUACUGCUAGAAGCCAGGAGCUUAAAGGGCAGCUUCCUUCCAGCCUAGUUAUAAAUAAUGCAGUUCAGCAGAGUGUGGGCCAUUCAAACAGUUUAAGCUUGCAAGAGUUUCAUCUUGAAGAAACUGUCCACAUGAAGAUGUUGAGUUUGGUGUUCCUGAUUAUAUUGGUGCAAGGAUGCACUUCCAGACCAACUACCAGUGUGGAGGAAAAUGCUCUUUCACUAGAGGAUCCAGAGAAUGUCAGAUCUGUGGCCAUAAAGAGACUUUUGGAAGUUUUUGGCAUUGAUGAGCCGCCACAUUCUCUGCACAAUGUGAAGCAACCCCCUCAGUAUAUGGUCGACCUAUACAACACUGUAGCUGAUGAAGAUGGAGUUACCAAGGAUCCAGAUCUUCUGGAGGGGAACACAGUCCGGAGUAUUUUUGAUAAAAUUCACAGUGACCAGAUGUACUUCCUGUUCAACCUCUCAACUGUGAGUAAGAGUGAAAAAAUUCUCACAGCGGAACUGCAUCUUUUUAAGCUAAAGCCAAGACCGUCAGAGCUUGCUUAUUUUAAAAGGCAUCAUUUCUGUCAGGUAAAUGUUUACUUAAUAUUAGAUAAACAGAAAAUGCAGUUGCCACAAGGAAGAAAACUUCUCUCCUCCAAACUUGUUCCUAUCCAUUCUUCAGGCUGGGAGGUUCUUACAAUCACCCAAGCUGUUCGGGCUUGGAAUGAUGAAGCAAACAAUAAAGGUCUGCUAGUAAUUGUCCGCAAUAUUGGAAUGCAAAAAUUAGACACAAACAUAAUCCGCUUUGCAUCCGGAAAAGACCACCAUGAAAGCAAACAGCCAAUGCUUGUACUAUUUACUGAUGAUGGAAGAAGAGGUGUUGCCUCUUUGGGCAAGCUACAAGUUGAUGAUGAUGUAAUGGCAAUACCCAAUGAGCCUAAUAUACCGCUCAACAGAACACGGAUUGGUAGAUCGUUAUCAGAAGAUGGGCAUUUGCCAUGCCAAAGGCAUCCACUGCACGUAGACUUUGAAGAAAUUGGCUGGUCUGGGUGGAUUAUAUCUCCGAGAGGUUACAAUGCUUACCACUGCAAGGGAUCUUGCCCAUUUCCUCUAGGUCAGAACAUGAAGCCCACCAAUCAUGCUACAGUACAGUCUAUUAUUAAUGCACUCAGACUAACAAAAGGGGUCAGUAGCCCGUGUUGUGUGCCCGACAAACUUUUCUCCAUAAACCUAUUGUAUUUUGAUGAUGAAGAAAACGUUGUACUGAAACAAUAUGAUGACAUGGUUGCUGGCAGUUGUGGAUGCCAUUAA